UAAUGAAGCUGUAGAGAUCAUACGUCAUUCUAAGCGAGUAUUCUCAGACUUUCGCAGCAAAUUUAAUAAAAGAAUAGCUUCAUUAGCACUUGAAUUUAAAAAUAAUCAAUUAAGAUAUGAACAGACAACUGCUCCGUCAAGAACUGAUAUUGAUGAAUUUAUAACUCAAGAUGUCGCUAAACAAAUAUUAAAGAGAUAUUUGAGCGGCACUAAUAUAGAUUAA